AUGAGUACUAAGGAGCCCUAUCUCGGAAUUUCAAAGUCUCUGAUGUAUACCUUGGUGGAGUUGUACUUUCACACCUCAUACAAUGCCAGUUUUUUAUUGCACAAGACACAGUUCCUGGAAUCGCUGGCGGCCGGGACCGCUGCUCCUCAUGUCAUCUUAGCCAUCUGUGCCGCGGCUGCUAACUUCUAUCGCGAUUGCAAUGGCGACCCCACGCUGAAGAACCAUGGCUUUAUGAUCGAAUGGGCUAAUCGAGCAGGGGAGCUAGUCUUCCAGGACGUCCAAAAUUUUCACAAGGAUAACAUUGUAACCUUCUCCAUUUUGGCCUUGUUCUGGUAUACUCAGGGGUCAUGGAGGCUAUGCUACCUCUUCAAAGGCACUGCUGCUCUCUACUAUAAAGAAACGCUUGCCUUUUGCUCCAUGUUGGAGGCCUUGGACCUACAGACCUUCAAACUCAAAACUCAUUGGAGUCUGAAAUACAGCGCCGUCGCUUAUGGGCCUCUUAUCUCUCGCAGUGCCAAUUGGGCUGAUUUCGAGGACGGUAUUUCUCGAAGUCCUCCUAUCUGUCUAGAAUCUGGUGGAUCUAAUGGUGGAGUUUACGCCGAACUAAUAAAAGGAAUGACAGUCUGGGCUUCUGUCUUCUCGUUGAUCAAAUCCCCCGAAUCUAGUAUUAGCGAGAGAAUGACGGGGGUCUAUGCUCUCGACAACGACGUAGUGAGGUGGUGGUCGGAAGUACCACCGACAUUGAAACUGGACGUGUCCAAUAUCGCAACAAUACCAAAAGAUCAGGUUUCGAACAUCCUCCUCCUCAAUCUCAUCUACCAUCAAUCGAUCUGUGCGCUUCACGCAUCGGUGAUACCUCUGUUCUCAUGGAGUAUUGCAGACGACAGCUGGUCUUCAGCACGACGAUCAUCCGCCCAAAUAGCCUUCGAACACGCAUGCACAGCCUCGACAUUGAUGGAUGCUGUCUAUUCUGUCCAUACCGGCAUAAUUCUGACGAAUUCUUUUAUUGCAUAUGCAGCAUACAGUGGGUGCGCCAUUCAGAUCCCGUUCAUGUGGUGCUUGAAUAAGAAUGUUAAGAGUCGGGCAAUUGCGAAUGUCAGAACGAAUGUCAUGAUAAUUCGCGCAAUGGCACCAUAUUGGAAAUUUGCAGCACUGCUGGAAAUACACUUUACCUGCGUGUACAAGAUCCACGAGAGACACGCACUUACCAGCCCCCUAGAAGACGAACCUAAGAACAUGGAUAUCGGCAAGUUCCUUGACUUCAAGAUCCGUGCUCGCUACGCUCGAACUUCAAUUCUCGGGUUUGUUGAGAUCUUACGGUCACAGGGAGAUGGUUUUGUGGAGGCAGGAGAAGAGUGUAAUGAUCUUGGUAUCCAAGAUGGUGACAGUCAGAAUCUACAACAAAUGGGGCAGAGACCAUCCGGUAACAGUGAAGCCGCAGCGAGCGUCGUCCUGGAACAAAGAGAUGAAGUGGAGCUACCUGUCCCUCUAUUUCCACCCUCGGCUUCUUCUCAAAGUCGUUUGCCAGAUUUAUGCAGCACCAGCGCCUCGACUCCCCUCAAAACUUCCUGGCCUCCUGCGCACGAAAACACUUGGCAAGAGACUGGCAGGCUCGAGGAACAAUUUCCAGCCAGGCUUCCAAAUGCUUCGGCUGCUGAAGAGCCGCAGUCCUUCGACCUAUGCCAUCCGUUCUUCGAUCCAGCCUUGCUGGAUCUCUUUCCUGAUGGCGAGAUGCCAGACCUGGGCCAAUUCGAGACGAUGCCAGCGACCCCACAUGAUCCCAUCUCUGAAGCAUGGGACACCUCCGGAAUCGCACCUCCCGACACUUGA